AUGAGCGAUGCCUCCACCUCGUACCAGAUCGAUCUCCACAACUACCUGCAUCUGGUCGGAAUCAGCAUAUUCUACUACGACUACGUGCUUACGUUCUCUACCGAGUACAUCCGCGUCUGGAGAGGACCAAAACCGACGGGGUCGUGGUUGUUUUAUGUUAACCGAUAUCUCACGUUCUUCGGUGACAUUGCCGUCAACGUGGGAAACUUCUACAACUUUAAAACCGCAAAAAGCUGUGAUGAUUACGCUCUGUACCGGCAGAUACUCUUGAUAGGCGCGCAAGUCGUGGUCUGCAUCAUACUAUGUCUCCGCAUAUAUGCGCUGUACAAUCGGAGUAAAGCGAUACUCGUGGGUGUAGUGGGGACCGGGGCAACGUUGAUGGCCCUCGCUGUGUUUGCUGUUACAGGUCAGAGCUCAAGCACCGCUCUGGAUAGCGGCUGCCAUCUCGGCGAAUCUCGAAUAACGGGUAUACGUGAGUUGCAUGAUUUGUCUUCACUGGGGCGUCCUGAUGUCAAUUUCAAUCAACCAGGCGUCGCUGUAGCGUGGGAAGCACUCUUCUUGUACGACGUACUCAUUUUCUCUCUCACAAUGUAUAAGACCUGGAAAAACCGUGCCGUUUAUGCCAUAUCUGAUGCACGGCCAAAUCUUGUCACGCUCAUGAUGCGAGACGGUGCACUGUACUUCGCUGUUUCCGUGACAAUGAUGUCACGCCUCAUGCUUAAUCUGCAUGAGAGCGCAAGCGCGAAUCCGACUCUCGUUACCGACCCAUCAAGCAGCGGCCAGUCGACGACGCUCCUGUUCACGUCUAUUAUCAUUGGCACCAACCCGCAGACGGAAAGAGCUGAUAUUGAGGGCGUCGAGUUCGACCAGGAUUCCAUGAUACCGGACAGCGUCGAGAUGCAGGAUAUGAGGCCAGGGGACCGACAUCGAGAUCGAACGGCCUUACAUAGGCCACAUGAUAUUCUCCCACACACAUCGGACGAUUCGACCAAUACCCACUCCUAG